AUGGCCGAUGAUGAUGUAGUAGAAGCCAUGGCUGAAGUAGUGAAGGAAGAAGAUUCUAUGGAGCUCAAAGAGCAGAAAAAAAAUUCAUGGCAAAGGUUACAGAGACAUGACUCUCUGGACAUCGAGUCCAGCUUGUUUCCAGGUCAUGACUCCAAGGCUGUGAAAUGGUCAGUGAUAUUGCAUCUAGCAUUCCAAAGUAUUGGCGUGGUGUACGGGGACAUUGGAACGUCUCCACUGUACGUGUAUGCGAGCACCUUCACAGAUGGUAUCAAGGACAACGAUGACAUCUUGGGAGUUCUUUCUCUCAUCUUUUAUACUCUCACCUUGAUUCCUCUCUUCAAAUAUGUCUUGAUUGUCUUACAGGCCAACGAUAAUGGCGAAGGUGGGACUUUUGCCUUGUACUCUCUCAUAUGCCGGUAUGCCAAGGUAAGUUUGAUACCCAAUCAGCAGGCCGAGGACGCUGACUUGUCAAAUUACCAGAUGGAGUUGCCAAACAAAGGUCUACAGAGGGCAUCGAGGCUCAAGUCCAGGCUAGAGAAGAGCAACUUUGCUAAGUACUUCCUCUUGUUUGCCUCAAUGCUUGGUACUUCCAUGGUGAUAGGGGACGGCGUUCUCACUCCCUGUAUUUCAGUUUUAUCGGCUGUUGAUGGGAUUAAGAUAAAGGCCCCACAUGCAAUGACAGAAGAGAGGAUUGUUUGGAUAUCAGUGGCGAUCUUGGUGCUACUAUUCAUGGUACAAAGGUUUGGAACAGAUAAAGUGGGCUACAGCUUUGCUCCGAUCAUCUGCAUUUGGUUUGCCUUAAUCGGUGGCAUUGGCGUCUACAAUUUCAUCAUAUACGAUCCAACUGUUGCUAAAGCCAUAAAUCCAAAGUACAUCGUAGAUUAUUUUCGGAGGAAUAAAAAAGCUGCUUGGGUUUCCCUUGGUGGCGUUGUACUCGCUAUAACAGGAACUGAGGCAUUAUUUGCAGACGUUGGUCACUUCACAGUUCGUUCAAUUCAAAUAAGCAUGUGCUGUGUGACCUAUCCGGCUCUCAUAUUGGCAUACGCUGGACAAGCCUCCUUCCUUAGAAAGCACAACGACCUUGUUAAAGACACCUUUUACAAGUCUAUACCAGGGGAUUUGUUUUGGCCAAUGUUUUUGGUGGCCGUAAUGGCAUCAAUCAUAGCAAGUCAAGCCAUGAUUUCAGGAACUUUCUCUAUAAUCCAACAAUCCCUGUCACUAGGAUGUUUUCCUCGGGUGAAAGUACUGCAUACCUCGGCUAAGUAUGAAGGACAAGUUUACAUACCUGAAAUCAAUUAUAUUCUUAUGGUGGCUUGUGUGGCAGUCACUUUAGGCUUCAGGACCACUGCUAAGAUUGGCAAUGCCUACGGGAUAGCUGUGGUUUUUGUGAUGACCCUCACGUCGACCUUCCUAGUGCUAGUCAUGAUCAUAAUAUGGAAAACCCACAUCUCUCUCGUAAUUUCCUACAUUCUGAUUAUUGGCAGUGUAGAACUUCUCUAUCUAAGUUCAACUCUCUACAAAUUUAACCAAGGAGGAUAUCUUCCCCUAGCCUUUGCCGCAGUCCUAAUAGCCGUAAUGUAUGUCUGGAACUAUGUCUUCCGAACGAAGUACUAUUAUGAAUCUGAGCACAAAGUCUCUCCAGAGAAGCUAAAGCAAAUAGCUGCUGGCACCAGCUUUUGUCGAAUCACAGGGGUAGCCAUUUUCUACUCUGAGCUUGUUCAGGGAAUCCCACCAAUCUUCGAGCACUACGUGGCGAACGUGCCCGCUUUGCACUCAGUCCUAGUCUUCGUCUCCUUCAAAUCGCUUCCAAUAAGCAAGAUCCCAGUUGAAGAACGCUUUCUUUUUCGUCGAGUAGAGCCUAUGGAGCUUAAUGUCUUUAGAUGUGUCGUGAGAUAUGGAUACACUGAUGUGCACACUGAGGAGGAGCCAUUCGAGAAGCUCUUGAUGGAAAGGCUGAAGACGUUUAUUGCAGACAAGUUUGGAUUAUUCCAAAGAAUGAUGCUGGAAGAGAGUGAGAAGAAUGGAGAAAUUCAUGAGGAUGAUAGAUUGGUAAACGGAGAUACCGAAAAUGAGGAUGUGAGGCUUGUUGAAGAAAAAAAGCAACAAGAUCAGGCAGUGGAGAGAGAGAUUGAGGCUGUCGACAAGGCAUGGCAUGCAGGUAUUGUUCACUUGAUUGGGGAGACUGAGGUGGUCGCCGACAGGGGAGCCAGUGUAAGCAAAAGAGUUAUGGUAGAUUAUGCUUACAAUUUCAUGAAAAGAAAUUUGAGACAGAGUGCUGAAACGUCGUUUGAUAUUCCCCAAAGACGUAUGCUGAAAGUGGGCAUGACAUAUGAACUUUAGAGCCUGAUGUGUGAAGGUAUU